AAGACAACUCCAGUUUUCACGCCCAUUAACGACCUAUAGCCGUUAGCACGGAUCACUUGUGGUCUAUAUAUAGAUGUUUAUCCAGGGCUUUUGUUGCUGUUGAAAUUUCAGGGCAGCUGCACUUUUCCGUGCCAAUCCGGAUUGAACUACCGGCGAGCCACCCUUUGUAGCCGACUGUCGGAUUAGGGUAGAUGGACGUGGUGACAAAAAGGACGAAAAUAGGUUGUUUCUAAGGAAACACGUCAGGUGAGGUAUACGGUGGGCAGUAAAUAUUUAGUCCGGGCCUUGUCAACGCCGUGUCCGGGCCGCACGGCACCGGCCCAGCCAGAACCCGUUCCGUUACUCAGGUAGUGGGCACCGGCACCGGCCACCAGCGCCAUCAUACGUCUCUGUGCUCGGCUCGCAGUCACACGCGCUCGCGCUACCUCUUCACUUUAGAGGUUAGUUUCCAAUCAGUUUUUCUUGCUUUAUCGGCAGUAUUUUUUGUGGUGUCUAUUGCGCAAAUCGUGUUUUCUACUCGGCAGGUGGUCUUCGCUACGCCGUACCGCAACUUGGAUUCGAAUGUUUUUUAUGUGCAGAAAUAAAAGUCCAAUAUAUGAAUGCUGUCAAGAAGUGAAGGAUCAUGUAUGCCGGCAGAUACAUCAGUAUCUACAUAGUGGUCUACAUGUCCCACCUUGUCUGUCAACGAAGUGCUGAAAAGGUGUCACCUGACCGCCAUGUGGGUCUGUGGUUCGUGCGAUCACCAGAGCCGAUUGUGGCACCCCCUGGAGAUGAGGUGGUCUUUGAAUGUUCUCUCAAUGUCGGGUCAGAAAGUGUUCGUUGGAAGCACAACUCGCAGUUCCUCCCCCAGGAUCAUGCAGGAGGUCCCGCAGGACACGGAGCUGCCACCUCAACCAAUCGGCUGGUCAAGGUCAUUGACGAGCGUCAGGCUGGAGACUAUCAGUGCAUCGCUUGGUUCGGAGCCUCUGCACUAGCCUCCACGAUAGGAAGGUUGACUCUGGCCGAGCUAAAGCCAUUCCCACACACUGCUCCCAGGUACUUCACAGUCAGUGCGGGCAACAACGUUGUGAUAGAAUGCCCUGCUCCUGUCAGCUAUCCACCUGCCGUCAUACAGUAUUAUUUCAAUAAUGUUGUUCUGCCAGACUCGUCAACGAUGCUUAUGACGACCAACUCACUGGUGCUGCACAAUGUUACUAGUAGCAAUUCGGGUCGCUACAGCUGCAGUGCUACCAACUACAUCACCGGUCAGACCGUACAGUCCCAACUAGUCACCAGUCUUUCUGUGGUCGGGUCACAGCAACAGUCCGCUCCCAAGUUCCUCUAUACGCCACAGUCACUAUAUGUAGUACAGAAUGGAAGCAACGUGAGUCUGGAAUGUUUAGGAGUGGGGACACCCCCGCCAUCAGUGACUUGGCGGAAGGCGGGAGGACCGCUGCCCCGUGACAGGUACCAACAGGUGGUAGGAGCUCUCAAGCUUGCCAACGUUCAGGCUCCAGACAAAGGGGUGUACAUCUGUGAAGUGUCCAAUGGAGUAUACCCGUCCGUCUCACAUCAGAUCACUCUGGAAAUCCAAGAGCCUCCAGUGGUGAUAAAGGAGCCCAGCAACUCUGUGGUGGAGGAGGGUGGUCAGGUUGAGUUGGAAUGUGAAGUGAGGGGAAGCCCAACGCCCAACAUCACGUGGCUGCUCAACGGAGAGCCACUAGACAACGAUUCUCACGCCACAAUCAGAGUGAACAAGCUGAGGAUAGUGGAUGUACAGAAGCGCCAUGCUGGAGUCUUGCAGUGCAUUGCAGUGAAUGUUCUGGGUUCAGUGUACGGAGCAGCCAUGCUCCAGGUCUCGCCCAAGCAGGUUACCGCCAACUCUCCUCUUGAUCCUGAUGAACCUAUCUAUUUAGAAUCAUCAGAGGGUGUGAGUAUAUUGCCACCGUUGCCUUCACCUGGAAGGACACAUCCCAAAAAAGAUCACACUAGAAAGGGAAAGGGUAGAAGAAAAGACAAGAAACACAAGGGUACAGCUGUGAUGAUCCCACCGACACGGCCCAACAUCACGCGACUGUCAGACCGGUCAGUGAUGGUGCGCUGGUCCGUGCCACCCAACGACGGCUUGCCUAUCUUAUUCUUCAAGGUGCAGUACCGAGAGAUGGGGGGACGAGGCCGGGGUUCUCGCUGGAUGACCAGCAACGAGGAUAUCCCCAGCCAUAUCCGUAGUUAUGAGGUGGACAACCUGGAAACAGAUCAUAUCUACAGGUUCCGCAUUGCAGCAGUCUACUCUAACAAUGACAACAAGCUGGGACCAAAUUCUGCAAGGUUUCACCUACACAAAGGAACCCCCAACAAAGGAACUCCCCUGUCCCCUCCCUCCCUCACCCACACAGAGGCCAUCAGCCCUUCUGCCAUCGAAAUACAGUGGCAGUACCUAAACUCGGUGUUGGCUCCCGUGGACGGAUUCUACGUGUACUACCGCAUGACAAGUAGUGCAGGAGAUUACGUGAAGGCUACAGUGGAGGGGGAGAACACCCGAGCCUUCAUCAUUACACAUCUGCUGCCCGACACUGCCUACGAUAUCAAACUACAGGCUUUCACCGUCGGUUCUGCCAGUGACUUCAGUGCCAUUCUCACACAUAAGACACUCAAGGAGCAGAACACGACGGUGAUACCUACAGUGACGCAAGUGGUGGAGGUCAGACGCGAUGAUGAGUCCAACAGCCACUUGUACGUGAUACUGGGAGCUGUUGGGGGUGGUCUGGUACUGCUCGCAGCAAUACUUGGUGCUGUCUGCUUCUGCAAGCAACGCUCUCCUGCUCUCCAAAACUCAGGUGAGGGUGAGGAGUGUGACAAGGUGGGAAGGGGCGAGCCCGGCCUGACGAUACAACAGCUGGAACCACUGCCGAUGAAUGGCUUUACCCACAACGGCAAGGUCAACGGCUUCAUGCCUCACACAAUCAACAUCACCAACAACCCUCUUGCUGACCCACAUCAAGACAAGAAUGUGAUGGAGAUGUCGUACAUGACGAGUCAGAACAACAACUGUUCAGCGGAGAGUAGCAGUGGGGUGGAAGGGGAAGACUCGACGUGGAGGGCGAGGGGGUCGGGGGAGAACUAUGUGUAAGCCAACUGUGAUCACUAUAGACUCUGAAAGAGACAACGAAAAGACGCGCCAUAACUAGUAGUAACGUUCACGGCUAAGCCGUCUCUUAGGUUAUUAAUAACGGAAUUUUAUAAAAUUGUUGUAUAUGACUGUUGAAUCUUUAAAUAACACUGUGAUAUAGUUUUUUAUAUUAGUUUUAAUUGGUUUUGGAUUAUGUCAGUGUAGUUUGCAUGUAGAUAAUUUUAUUGAUUUAUUAUGAAAGUCAUAAGUUGUUAGUUUUAAUUUUAUACCGUAUAAAAAAAACACUUGUAGUUUUACAUACAAUUUGUUUUGUACUAAUCCUCGAAUGAAUGUUUUAUAAAUGAGUUUUAUAACUGGUUUUAAAGUAGAGAGAUGUUGAUCAUUCCUGAUCUGUGGAAAUGUGUUUAACCUUCUCCCAUUCGAAAGGCACAGUGGCCUGCUGUAUUCAAGCUACCUCCCAUCUGAGUGGUAAAUAUUGGUUCAUAAUGCAUGUUUAGAUCUUUUGUCAUUUCUUUGUGUUGUGUUAAUAUAUACUAUAUAUUUAUUUAUAGCUAGUCGGAUUCUUUACAUAACUCUUUUUUAGCUAGUCUGACAGAAUUUUGAAAUGCUUUUUAUGCCAUAUGUUUUUAUCUUAAAUAUUUAUUUUCUGUACAUAUAAUUUAUUUUAUGCUGUUUUAAAUAUAAACAAUGUUUAAAGCUUCCUUUCCAUCUUUUUAAUCAUUUAUAGUGUACAAAAAUGUAAUAUCUACAUUAACAUAUUCUAUAUGAAACUUAAAAUUACUUUUUCAAAAUAAAAUUAGUUUUGAUACAAUAUAAUAUAAACAAUCAGAUUCCUGAAGUAUAAACAAAAGCAAUGUCUCAUCAGUAUUUGAAUAGACCUCAAGAGUCCACUAAGAGCAUAUAGGCCUGCCUUAAUUCGUACAGGAGAGGGUUAAAUUUUAACAAGACAAAGAUUUUGUGGUUAAAUAAAACCUCUAUUUUGUUUUAUCCACUAGUUUUUAUUAAAACAAAUAAUAUUUCCCAUAUUGUGGAAAGUUUUUAAUCACAGAUUUUAGAAUUAUACUUACAUUGGAAAAUAUGAGCUUAGCUUUAUAUCAAUAUCAAAAUUGUUUCUAAAAUGUUUCAACAUACUGUAAGUUCUCUUAAAAUAAGAAGAUCUCUUUUAAUAAUAAUAUGACCAUUCUUAUUAUUUUUCCAAUAUUUUCACCACUAUUAUCGUAAACAAAAGAGUAACUUCAAAUUUUUUUCUUAUUUUGUAUUACUAAAGUGUUUUACACAAUUUUACACUGUUAUACACUUGUAAACUAGUUUUUUUUAGCAUAGACAAAUAUUACUUUUACAUGAAAAGGCAGCUAGUUUGGAUCAAAUUAUCAUGAUAGUAAUAAUCAAUGCUCAACAAUGUAUAGAAAAGACUGGAUUAUGUAGUAUAAUGCAACAAAUGGUAGCUUUCACACUAAAUGAACUAUUUUCUUAUAAAUUUUUCCUCUGAUUUUCUUAAAGGUACUCAAUGGUAGUAUUGUAAAUUUUUAUCCCAUAAAACAUGAAUCUUUUUAACGUCCUAGCCCAUACAAUAUUGCAAAUUUGUUAUUGUAGUAUUUUUAUAACAUUUUAAUAGAAUAAUGUUGCUGAAUAGUAAUAUUUAUAAUUCAACUGUGUUGAAUUUGUGCAAUAUCAUAUUAGUGACAAAAUUUACACUAACAGGUUUUGUAGUAACAUAAAGUUUAUUGCUUAACCAGGAACAUUAUGUUGAUCUCGUUUUUUAUGUGUGGAAUUUAUGGUAUCUGUUACAGACAAUUGCAUUAUCGUGCAUAGUUCAUUUGAUUUAAAAAAAAAAAAUAUAUAUAUAUAUAUAUAUUUGAGACAUGUAAUAUAGUUUAAUACAAGUUCUUGUAAAUAACCGUUUUAGAAAUCUGUGUAGAAUUGUUUGUCAUUGUAACUCCUUAAUUAGACUUGCCAUACUAAUUCAGAUGUUUCAAUAUUUUGUUUAACUAACUCACUUAUUGUAAUAUGUAUAUAAGGUGUAUCAUAAUUUACGUUAUAGAUUAUAAUGCAAAAUUAUUUAUUCGUGUUAUAUUUUGUUUGUUAAUUGCUAAAACUGUUGUGAAUUUAAAAUUGUAAUAUAGUCUUAUAAGUUCUUAACCUUUAGACCACGUAGAAAGUUUUGUAAACAAAUACGUUCUCUCACCACAGUGUUUAAGAGGAAGCCUCUUUAUUGGCAUCUUUCUUGAUUUUUGUUCAACAUGAUUUUAAACCAUAUUUUCCCCUUUUAAAGUUUUCAGGAAUCGCCUAUUUAAAUUCUUCAAUUUCUAUCGAAGUCUCUCAUGUACUCAAACAAAAAUACUCAACUUGUUAAUGAAAUUGAAAAGUAGCACACUGUAAUAAGACAUAUAACCAAAUUAUACUCCUGCAGCUAAUGAUACUGAUUACAGUGUUCGUCAUUGUUGAUAACUGCUCCAAAACUUUGUUUGGAAAUUUUGUAUUUUAAAACCAUUAGUGACCUAUCAGAUAGAGGGUUAAAUAAUUCAUAAUAAAAAAACUGCAAUAAGAAAAAGAAAAAUCGUUAAAGGUUUACCAUUUUUCUAAUGGGUCAAAACUGGGAUUGUUUCAGAGCAGUAUUUAAAGAAAAAUGCACAAUGUUAGAUUAAUUAAUAGAUACAGUAUUGAAUUAAAUUGAAGUAUGUUAUAUUGAACACAUUAUAAAUUAGUUUUGUCUAGCUUACUUUCUGAUUAAAAUGUGUUCUAGUGUUAAUGCAAUUGAAUAAAGACUGAUUUUUUAAAUAGCUGCUUAUGUACAAGGGCUUAUCAGAAAAUACAUACCAGUUGUAAAUAAAUAUGACAUUACAUUACUGGUAAUAUAAACAAGUCUUUGUUUAACAUUGUGAUAACAGAUUUAGAUUCUAAAAGACGUUAUGAUUUUGUUACAAAGGCUAUCUCCACUCGCACAAUUUCUUUUAUGUUGAGGAGAUGACACAUGGUAUAAAACAUAAUAGUAAUAAUAAGGAGUUUAAUUGAUAUUGAUGGCAAAUUUAUAUUUUCAGUCUGGAUAUUUUUGUAAAAAGUAAAUAUUUAUUCUGAGUACAUUUAUACUAAAUGUUGAUACUGCAUAAACAUUUCUCUAGACGGGCACACAUAGUAGCAGACUGAUGGAGAAAAAAUUAUUUUGAGAGAUUUUGCUAUAUGACUUUAAAUAUUUACAGCUUUUUUAGUAAUUACAAUACACUAAUUAAGCAAACACUUCUUUAAAUGUAUGAUUCUUUUUAUUGAACUCUCAAUCACUUGAAUAUCCUCCUUUAGCCAUGAAUCUCCUCUAGUAGGGACCACCUCCUGUCGAGAUCACUAUAUCUUGGCCAUGUCACCUUGGAAGAAGGAGUGGCCAGCUCUGCUGUUCUGCUAUCAGUCUCUCCAGACAAAGAAGGCAGGGGUAGUACACCGUUAUGUCCAGGCUACCAACUGCCUUUUAAAACACUUAAAGCACCUGCCGGUUAUUUUCUACAGUAGACUAAACCUAUGUACAAGGGGCCCCACCGGUUAUCACCUACAGUAGAAUCCCAUCUAAUCAUCUACGUUUGCAUCCCAGUAUCUCAAAGUUUGCAGUUAAUGAUGUUCUGCCCUGGACAUCCAAAGAGUUACCCAGAUUUAAGUGACACAUCAGUUUCACUGUAUCCAGUGUAGGUUCAAUUGGCAGAUAUAAAUGAACCUUUCUGGUGGACGCAGAGCAGGUUAUUUUCUGA